AUGUCCAAUUACGAGUUUGGCACACCGUGUCCGGCACCGAGCCACAGCGGACGUGAAAACGCGUCGCCGUUUCAAAGUAAACAAAACAACAUUUUCGACCAUGCCUUUGACCAGUUCAACGACAAUACCACCCAGAACAUUGCACACUUGGUACAGCAGGAAUUCAAAAAUGCUCCGCCACGUAGAACUCAGAAUCUGGCGAGAAAACCUAGACGUGCUCCGACUACGAUCUUUGAGGAUGCGAGCAGCAACAGCCAACGCGAAGCUUACAGACGCGAUGAACCGGCUGGAAUGACGAGAAGCAGCGCCAUUCAUGCCAGACCUGCUCAAAGGAUUCGCAUCCAGAGUUCUAGAGAUGAGAAGCCGGCUCCUCUUCCUACGAGCAGCAGUAGUGAUAUCGCAAACUUCAAGCCUACCAUCAGCACAAACAAGCCCACCAAGGAGGAUAGAAGACGAACUAUCUGGAUCCCGGAGGACACUACCUUGCUCUCAAUUCAUCCUGGAGCCUACGAUCACACACUGCAAGAUGAGACGCUUGGUCUACCUUCAAGCAAUUUGGACAUCACGCCUAUGAAGGAAACCCCACAGCCCGUACGAUUGGGUGCCAGUGCAAUGCGUCAGGCCCAGAAGAUGGCUUCUGUUUCGAAACGUAGUGCUCUUCGACCUCUUGCUCCAUCCCAACCCAAUGUGUCACACAGCGUUAUGGGCACUGGCGGUGGUAAGGAGAAUGUGCUUCCUGGUGCUCUGCUCUCUCGAAAUGCCAAGGGUGAAAAGUCUCUGGUUAGAUCAAUGAGCAAGGCCGCACCUCUAGGGACCAGCAAAUCACAGUCAUCUUUGCAGCAGAUGACAGGGGUUAAGAAGCGACCUGCACCAGAGUUGAAAGAUGCUCCGAAACCAAAGAUCCAAGCCAGAGCUCUCCACGAACGUUCCAGUGUUCGCAAUGAAGUCAUGCCCCGACCAGCCAACGUGGAUCCAUUCUCGAGAGACUUCAAGCACAAGCCGCUCGCACCUCCGAAGCCAGCCAGUAAGCCGGUAUCAACAAGACCUGUCUCGCAAACUUUCGCUCCAAAGGAUGUGCAUACUCGACCAGUCUCGAGCAGCAUUCCACCAAGAGAUAUCAGCCUACCAAACCUCAAACGCUCAGUGUUUCUUGCUGCAUCACGUUAUCCAGUCCUCAGCGAUGACCUGGGUCAGCCUGAGCUGUAUGAGGACAACUGGCUUCAGAAUCAAGAGGUUGCUUUGACACAACUCGUCAAUGUUGUUUUCCAGCAAGCACAUGAGUCUUCUGCCGCCAACGAUGUGCCUGCUCUGCGCAGUAGAAUGUUAACACUGUACCAUGAUGCAUCUGUUGCCACACUCCACCAGCGUCUAAAAGCUUCAUUGUCUUGUGGUGCGCUCAGCAUGCCGAAAGACACUUCGCAAUCACCGAAACUGAGGGACGAUAUUGGCCUGCGCCGCCAGUUCUUCGACCUCUUUGGACAUACUUAUGAUUCAGAAGCAUUACAGGCCGCUGCCGAAGUGGUGGUUGGACGUGUCAUCACUCCUGCUGCGGACCAUACACAAUCGAGGGCUGCGUCAUCGACUGGUAUCAAAGAAUGGAAACGCUUCUGUUCGACAUUCUUCGUUGACCACGAAGACUCUGCUGAACUACUGACUGCCCAUGAUGCCAAAUUUUCCGAAGGUUCAACAACACAACCCGGUACACCCGAAUGGUUCUGGCAGAGAACAGUCCUACGCGGCCUCAUGCUUAUUCAUCUUCUUGACCAAGUAAAGAGCACUGGAAAGCUUUCAACCUGUUUGUUCCAAGCAUCUUCUCCCCACAAGUCCUCCAUCAACGUACUCCGCGCAUUUGCAAAGCUCAUGGUACCUUCUGUUGGAGAUAUCUCUCGUCCUCUCGGACAUCUUGGAUAUUCAGUUCGCCAUGUGCAACAGCCAUUGGAAGAGUACACGUACUGCAUCGAUAACCUCGCUGUCGACCUCCGUGACGGUGUUCUACUCGCACACUUUGUUGAACUCUUAUUGUACCCAUCCCAAAACUUGGAUAACCAAUCUGAUCGCACUAUCACUCUUGGCCUCCCGGACGGCGAAACACUUACUAGCGUUUUGAACACAGACUCAACAACUCAAAUCUUGAGUCAGCACCUCAAGUUUCCUUGUAACAGCAAAGUACAAAAAAUGUACAAUGUUCAGGUUGCACUGAGUGCAUUGACUGGAGCUCGUGGGCUCGCCGGCACUGCCAUUGAGACGAUCAAGGCCGAUGAUGUCGUCAAUGGCCACCGAGAGAAAACCUUGAGCCUUCUUUGGGCACUUGUCAGCAGAUGGGGACUUGGAUACCUCGUAGACUGGGACGAACUCAAGAAAGAAACUCUUCGCUUCUCAAAAUACUCAGCUCAGCCAGUUGGAAUAAAUUACGCCUUGAGUGAAGAGCAGCCAGAUACAAACGAGCAAGGUCCUCUACUCAAGGAGUGGGCUGCAAGCGUCUGUCAACAGCACAAAGUUAUCGUCACCAACUUGACCACUUCGUUCACCGAUGGCCGCGCUCUGACAUCCAUCAUUUCGACCUACGCCGACUAUGUCCCUUCGUCAACGAAAAAGUCAUCAAAGACGAUGUCGACAACCGACCGCCUUCGCAAUCUAGGAUGCAGCGAAUCCUUCAUCACACUCUUCGCGUCCCAAGCACCCACCAUUCCCAGCCGGAGCAACACAAUCGCCCUCCUCGCUUUCCUUGCCUCUCGCCUUUUGCCUUUGGCUCGCACCUACAGAGCUGCUUGUAUCGUCCAGAAUGCCUAUCGUUUGCGCCUUGCUCGUCGCACUAUUUCUCUGCGCAUUCAGAAGAUGAAGGCGGCCAACGAAUGUGCGGCUAUGGCGGCGAGUAAACAGAGGGAAGUGGAUGCUGCGGUAGUUUUGCAGAGAGCGUGGAGAAGUGUUUUGGAUAGAAGGAUUGAGUGUUUGGAGAGGGAUGUUUUGGCUUUCCAGUCGCUUGCUAGAGGGUGGGGUGUGAGGAGAGCUACGGCAGGUGUUCUUGGUAUUGGUGCUGGAAGAAGAGUUAUGGGUGGAUGGUAG